AUGGUUUUCGUUUUCUUCAUUAUUGACAAUUUAAGUUGUUUGGAUACUAUUGCAAAUUUUUCAAAAUUUCAAUCAUUUUCUCUUCAUACUUUAUAUAUAACUUCUACUGAUUCAAAUAUUAUUUCUUUAGUUCUUCAAGCAUGUUCACAUCUCUUUUCUUUUCAUGUAACAUUUUUGUAUCAAAAUCGUCAUAUUCUUCCACCAUCAUCAUCAUCAUCAUCUUAUAAUCAUUUAUUAGAAGAAUUUCUCAAUAAUUUAUAUCAUAAAUUAUCAUUUGAUACAAUUCAUAUUCUUUUUCUUUAUAUACCAAAUAUAAAAUAUUU